AAGCCCGAUCGCGUUCGUCUAAAAACAAGAUACAAAAUACAGCACACAAUUCAAAACGACAACGUAGUAGUACGAUUAACCCAAGCACCGAACAUUUUAAAAUAAACCCCCCAAAAUGUUGUAACCUAAUAAAAUACAUGUUUAAAUCACAUAUACACCUAUAUUUAUGAGAAAUUGUUAGACAAAUCCCAAAUAAUUCCAGUUCUCCCAACAAACAACAAGUGCAAUUCAUCGUCAGAGAUUAAUAUAAAGUGCAAAUGCAUUGUAGCUGAAACUCAAAUAGUAGUGAAAAUACAUAUGUGGCGAGGAAUGACAAGAAAAUAGUUCUUAAAAACCGGAAAUCGAGAGUAUAUAUUCAUAUUUGUACAAAUAUUAUAUGGCGGCUGCCUAGUGCAGCGGUUGAGAAAAUUUAGCGGGACCUAAAUGUAAAUAGGAACAAACGAAAGCCAGAACUCGAAAUCAAACAUCAGCAACGUGACACACAGACAUAAGAAGCCCGUCUAGUCGUCGUCUGUGACUUUUUCCGCAUCCACAAUAUUACAUAUAUCGAAGAUAGUGCGCGAGUGUGUGAGGGAUUUGUGCCGUGGAUCCUCUUACAUAUACAUAAAGGUAGUGAAAAGAUUUUAUCCAACAUUCCAAAUAGUGCUUUGUCAACUGGAAUACCUUUCUCCAAAACGCAGUGUGCUCAUGGAUACUUUUGGAUUAGUAGCAGAACUGGCGCACUAUAUUGACGUACAUGACGUAUAUGCUCUGAUUGUUUCCCGCACGAAAUGAGCAGGAAUUCGGGCGAAAAUGUAUUUUGAACGCAAGCAAGUGCGCAAAAAAUACUAGCUCCGUCACAAAAUUUCACAAAACACCGCCAGAAGUGAGCAGAACCUCUAGCUGCAUAACCGAGCUUUGCACAGCAACAGGAGUGCUUCUCCACAUAUUGACCAAUUGCCAGGGACAAGCUUCUUGUCCCCAGCCGACGCCAAGUGAACGGAAAACGGCCCCAAAACGGCGGCCAUUGGCUACCAGAGGAUGAAGCGGCGCUGGUCAAACAACGGCGGCUUCAUGCGUCUACCGGAGGAGUCGUCGUCGGAAGUCACGUCCUCCUCAAACGGGCUCGUCCUGCCCUCGGGGGUGAACAUGUCGCCCUCGUCCCUGGACUCGCACGACUAUUGCGAUCAGGAGCUUUGGCUUUGCGGCAACGAAUCCGGUUCGUUCGGCGGCUCCAACGGCAAUGGCUUGAAUCAGCAGCAGCAGAGCGUCAUCACGCUGGCCAUGCACGGGUGCUCUAGCACCCUGCCCGCUCAGACAACCAUCAUCCCGAUCAACGGCAACGCGAAUGGGAAUGGAGGCUCCACCAAUAGCCAAUAUGUGCCGGGUGCCACCAAUCUGGGCGCGUUGGCCAACGGGAUGCUCAAUGAGGGCCUCAAUGGAAUGCAGCCACAGGUUCAGAAUGGCCAAGGCCUCAUCAACUCCACAACCCCCUCAACGCCAACCACCCCGCUUCACCUUCAGCAGAACCUGGGGGGCGGGGGAGGUAUCGGCGGAAUGGGUAUUCUUCACCACGCGAAUGGCACCCCAAAUGGUCUUAUCGGAAUUGUAGGAGGCGGCGGCGGAGUGGGUGUCGGAGUGGGCGGAGGCGGAAUGGGAGGCCUAGGAAUGCAGCACACGCCCCGAAGCGAUUCGGUAAAUUCUAUAUCUUCAGGUCGCGAUGAUCUCUCACCUUCGAGCAGCUUAAACGGAUAUUCGGCGAACGAAAGCUGCGAUGCGAAAAAGAGCAAGAAGGGACCUGCGCCACGGGUGCAGGAGGAGUUGUGCCUGGUUUGCGGCGACAGGGCCUCCGGCUACCACUACAACGCCCUCACCUGUGAGGGCUGCAAGGGCUUCUUUCGACGCAGCGUUACGAAGAGCGCCGUGUACUGCUGCAAGUUCGGCCGCGCCUGCGAAAUGGACAUGUACAUGAGACGUAAGUGUCAGGAGUGUCGCCUGAAAAAGUGCCUGGCCGUGGGCAUGCGGCCAGAGUGCGUCGUCCCGGAAAACCAGUGCGCAAUGAAGCGGCGGGAAAAGAAGGCCCAGAAGGAAAAAGACAAAAUGACCACUUCGCCCAGCUCUCAGCACGGCGGCAACGGCAGCUUGGGCUCUGGUAGCGCCCACGACUUUGUUAAGAAAGAGAUUCUUGACCUUAUGACAUGCGAGCCGCCCCAGCAUGCCACUAUUCCGCUACUACCUGAUGAAAUAUUGGCCAAGUGUCAAGCGCGCAAUAUACCUUCCUUAACGUACAAUCAGUUGGCCGUUAUAUACAAGCUAAUCUGGUAUCAGGAUGGCUAUGAGCAGCCAUCUGAAGAGGAUCUCCGGCGUAUAAUGGUGGGUCAGAUCGAAAUUUACUAUAUAAUUAGAAUCUUAAUUCCUUUCUAUGUUUUGCAGAGUCAACCCGAUGAAAACGAGAGCCAGACGGACGUCAGCUUUCGGCACAUUACCGAGAUAACCAUACUCACGGUCCAGUUGAUUGUUGAGUUUGCUAAAGGUCUACCAGCGUUUACAAAAAUACCCCAGGAGGACCAGAUCACGUUACUAAAAGCCUGCUCGUCGGAGGUGAUGAUGUUGCGUAUGGCACGACGCUAUGACCACAGCUCGGACUCAAUAUUCUUCGCGAAUAAUAGAUCCUAUACGCGGGAUUCUUACAAAAUGGCCGGAAUGGCUGAUAACAUUGAAGACCUGCUGCAUUUCUGCCGCCAAAUGUUCUCGAUGAAGGUAGACAACGUCGAAUACGCGCUUCUCACUGCCAUUGUGAUCUUCUCGGACCGGCCGGGCCUGGAGAAGGCCCAACUAGUCGAAGCGAUCCAAAGCUACUACAUCGACACGCUACGCAUUUAUAUACUCAACCGCCACUGCGGCGACUCAAUGAGCCUCGUCUUCUACGCAAAGCUGCUCUCGAUUCUCACUGAGCUGCGUACGCUGGGCAACCAGAACGCCGAGAUGUGUUUCUCACUAAAGCUCAAAAACCGCAAACUGCCCAAGUUCCUCGAGGAGAUCUGGGACGUUCAUGCCAUCCCGCCCUCGGUCCAGUCGCACCUUCAGAUUACCCAAGAGGAGAACGAGCGCCUCGAGCGUGCUGAGCGUAUGCGGGCAUCAGUUGGGGGCGCCAUUACCGCCGGCAUAGAUUGUGACUCUGCCUCCACUUCGGCGGCGGCAGCCGCGGCCCAGCAUCAGCCCCAGCCCCAGCCCUCUACCCUGACCCAGAACGACUCCCAGCACCCGACACAGCCGCAGCUGCAACCUCAGCUGCAAGGUCAACUGCAACCUCAGCUCCAGCCACCGCUUUCGACGCAACUCCAGCCGCAGAUUCAACCACAGCCACAGCUCCUUACCGUUUCCGCUCCCGUGCCCGUCUCCGUUUGCGCCUCUAGUUCCUUGUCGGCGGUCAGUACGAGCAGCGAGUACAUAGGCGGAAGUGCGGCCACAGGACCCGUCACGCCGGCGGCCACCAGCAGUAUCACGGCCGCCGUUUCCGCUAGCUCCACUACAUCAGCAGUGCCGAUGGGCAACGGAGUUGGUGUCGCGGUGGGCGGCAACGUCAGCAUGUAUGCGAAUGCUCAAACGGCGAUGGCCUUGAUGGGUGUUUCCCUGCACUCGCACCAAGAGCAGCUUAUCGGGGGAGUAGCGGUCAAGUCGGAACACUCGACGACUGCAUAGCAGACACAGAGGCAGCUCCAUCAACAUCACCAACCCAACAUCGACGUCCUGCUGGAGUAAAAAGCGCAGCUGAACCACAGUUAUAGGGAAAAUAAUGGAGUUCUCUCUAGAGAGUUCAAGCCGAACUAAAUAUUAAAAAGUGGAUAAUUAAUGGACAAGCGUAAAAUGCAGUUAUUUAGUCUUAAGCCUGCAAAUAUUAAAUAUUAUUCAUACAAAUUAA